AUGAAUAAAUUAGCUAGUCACAAUGUCACAUCGAGCAAAGUUAAGCAUAAAAUUAUACAAGAAUUUCAUAGUGAAGCUGAUCUAAUUGUCAAUGAGAACACCAUGAACUUAAAUAAAAUAGUACAAGCAACUAUUGAUACUGUACAAGCCCAACUCGAACAACAAUUUGGUGUUGAUUCGAGUAAAGAUAAAAAAACAUCAGGAAAAUUAUCUAUUAUAUAUUCAUAA